GGAAGAAGAGGAGGAGGAGGAGGAGGAGGAGGAGAAGGAGGAGGAGGAGAAGCCGAAGGAGAAGGAGAAGCAGAAGGAGGGGGAGGCGGCAGCAGCCGCUGCCCCUCGGAGGACCUAGUCCACCGGCUCUGCGCCCGCACCAGCCUCAUGGCUGAAGUUCUGUUCCGGCAGGAGAGAAUAAUGAUCUCCAAAGGAAAAAUCAUUCUAUUUCUGCUGAUUUUAUUAACUGCGCUGGUGGUGCUCUGGGGAUAUAACAACAGCACAGAAGGAUCUUUUUUGUGUAUCUACCCUUACCAAUCCAGAGGGAAAAUUAAUAGCAAUGCCUAUGUUCAGAAGAGUUGGUGGCUGUCCAACUGGUUUAACAAUAGGAGCCAGGAUGAUCAAGUUGAAGAACCCCAGCUGUCAGAUUGGUUUAAUCCCAAAAAACGCCCUGAUGUUCUGACUGUGACAGAUUGGCUUGCUCCAGUUGUGUGGGAGGGGACUUACCAUAGGAAGAUCCUGGAAGACUAUUACACAAAGCAAAAGAUCACAGUGGGCUUAACAGUAUUUGCUGUUGGAAGAUAUCUCGAUCGGUAUUUGGAGGAGUUCAUGAUGUCUGCUGAAAAAUACUUCAUGGUUGGUCAAAGAGUCAUAUUUUACAUCAUGGUGGAUGACUCCUCUAAGAUUCCUUGGAUACAGCUGGGUUCCCUUCGUACACUGAAAGUAUUUGAAAUCAACAGAGAAAAGAGGUGGCAGGACAUAAGUAUGAUGCGCAUGAAGAUCAUUGGGGAGCACAUUAUACAUCACAUCCAAUAUGAAGUUGAUUUCCUCUUUUGCAUGGAUGUGGAUCAGAUCUUCAAGGAUGAUUUUGGAGUAGAGACUCUAGGCGAGUCAGUAGCUCAACUCCAGGCAUGGUGGUAUAAGGUAGAUCCCACUGAGUUCACUUAUGAGAGAAGACCUGAGUCUGCGGCAUACAUCCCUUUUGGCCAGGGAGAUUUCUAUUACCAUGCAGCCAUUUUUGGGGGCACACCCCUUAGGGUUUGGAACCUCACCCAGGAAUGCUUCAAGGGAAUUCUUCAAGACAAGGAAAAUGACAUUGAAGCUGAGUGGCAUGAUGAAAGCCAUCUCAACAAGUAUUUCCUUCUCAACAAACCCACAAAAAUCUUAUCCCCAGAAUACUGCUGGGAUUAUCAUAUAGGCUCCUCCUCAGAUAUAAGACUUGUCAAAAUUGCUUGGCAGUCAAAAGAAUAUAAUGUCGUUAGAAGUAACCCCUGAUAUUUUAGGUAGAAUAGUAUUAAGCGUCUGGAUUCGAGUGCCUAUCAUUCUGGCUAAUUUCUCAAAGCAGUUGCACUUUAAAAAAAAAAAAGUAAAGCCAAAAAAAAGUUGCAAAAAAUCAUCACCUCAUUCAAGAGCAAAUUCACAAAACCUCUUCUUUCCUUGUAAUUUUGAAUCUUCUGCAUGGGUGAUACUGGAUAAAGAACAUAUCUUUGGAAAUUAGAUGUAAAUACACACUGAUUUUUUUUUAAUAUCUACUGUGGGUAAUGGGAAAAUAUUUUGGCCUUAUUAAAAUAUGACAAAAUAGAGUCAUAAGGAUUUGAAGCCAGAGACACUCUUAUUUUGUAAGUGAAAUUCACCCAUCCAAGGGUUGGUGAGGAAGAUACAGGUCAUGGUUGGGUCCCUUAUGAUUUUGUAAUAUAUUACUCUUCUCACCUAGCCUGAAGAAGGACAGUGACCUACCCUGUGCCAAUACUUUAUAAAGACUGUGGACACAACCCAAGUUUACACUUCUGAGCUGACUUAUUAAUGGCACAUUGCCUGAGGCAAUUUGAGGACUAAUCAUUCCUGCCUAGAAAGCAAUCUGAUUGUGUGCAUGGUUUGACAGAGAUACAAAUACCCAGACAUGGGGAGUUUUCAUAACGAAGUCCAGGGCUAGGUAUUAAAUAUCUAUUCAAAAAGAGACAUUAACUCUUAAACGAGUAUUAAACCAUCUGCAUGAGCAGGGAGGGCUGGAAAAUGUGAAGUAAAGUGUCUGGCCACUAGUCACUAGUCUGGGACAGUGCUCUAUUAGAUCCCAAUGGUGCACUGGGUGUAGUGGGGAUCCCAGUGGACACAGCAAGUUUACAGGGCUAUCUAAUGGCUCUCCAACUGGCCAGGGUCUCCCUCUGCUUGUCAUCAUCCUGUUUUUUACCUGCCCCAGCUACAAUUUUCACUUUGUGGUUUUUAUGCUCCAGGGGAGGGCAAGCAAGGGGUCAGGAGAGCCUAGAGACAGAAAGGGUGAGUGGAGAUUGAAAAGACAGAGUGAGAAGCUUUCAGUUCUUUCAGUUCAGUCUGGGCUUCUUCAGAACUCAAGUUAGCAGAUGCAAAUGCUCUGUUAUUCAGAUGUCACCACCAGGGCCAUUUGGACCACUUCAGGGGAGUGAAGAAUGCAUGAGCAAUCAAGGAUGGGCAAAGCAAAAGACAGUGAAUGACCGUAGGCCCUCAAAAAUGGAAUUCCAUGGGAAUUAUUAUGGAAACAAAUAUAAAUGGGAAUGUUAGCCUUUGGGGGAAUACUAUUCUUGAAAAAAACAUUAGUAUCCUCUGAGAGAGACUGUAAAUGUCCUUAGACCUCAUUGGUAAUUGAGCCAGUAGAUCACUGAGUAGGCAGGAGAAGGAAUGUACAUUUAGGUUGAUUUUCCUAGUUUUUUCUUGUUUUCAGCUCAUGUUAUUUUCCGUAUUCAAGUAAGUUCCUUAAGGGCCUUUUUUUCAUUGCAUAUCUCAGGCUAACUACUGUGUAGGAGCUAUUUUGACACAGUGUAACAGGAAUUAACAGGAAUGUCCUCCUGCUUCCUCUUCCCAUCUAACACUUUCUU